GCUGACUGCAAAUCAAUGAAGCCAGUCAAACAAACGGGGCUGGGCAAUCGAAGUUGGGACAAUUUACGGGGGUUUCUGUUGCCGGAUAGUCGACGAUAAUAAGGACAUGUAUACAUCUAAUAUGUAUAGAAUGCUAUUUUUGUGUCCUUUAUUGGAGUAAAGACGAUAUACACGUCAAAGUAUUUUCUACUUAUACGAGGAGUUUGAUGUAUUCCGCUCGUAAAUUGUAUCUUAACUGAAAAAAGCUACCCUCCCUAUUCGAACUGAGGAUGAUUUUUGCUAAUACUGGAAACCCACUAAGGACUCCGUAUCGUAAACAGCCGCCUGUUGGCCCAUCGUCGCACCCCAUGGCUCCACCCAGCCCUAGCACCAACAGCAGCACCAACAACAGCAGCAGCAGCAGCUGUGCAGGCUGGGAUCAGCUCAGCAAAACAAACCUCUACAUCCGAGGCCUGUCCCCUUCAACCACAGACCAUGAUCUGGUCAAGCUCUGUCAGCCGUAUGGCAAAAUUGUAUCAACAAAGGCCAUCAUGGACAAGACUACCAACAAAUGUAAAGGAUAUGGCUUUGUGGAUUUUGACAGCCCAGCUGCAGCACAGAAAGCUGUGGCUGCCCUGAAGACCACUGGUGUCCAAGCUCAGAUGGCAAAGCAACAAGAACAAGACCCAACAAACUUGUACAUCUCCAACUUGCCUUUGUCUAUGGAUGAGCAGGAACUGGAGAACAUGUUAAAGCACUUUGGCCAGGUCAUAUCCACACGCAUCUUGAGGGACUCCUGUGGAGGCAGCAGAGGAGUGGGCUUUGCAAGGAUGGAGUCGACUGAAAAAUGUGAUGCAGUCAUUUCUCACUUCAAUGGAAAGUUUAUUAAGACACCUGCAGGUGUUCCAGCACCACCUGAACCCUUGCUGUGCAAGUUUGCUGAUGGUGGACAGAAAAAGAGACAAAGCCACAAUAAAUUUGCCCAGAAUGGUCGGGGUUGGGCAAGGGACGGUGACUCCAGGCUGGCUGGAAUGACACUCACAUAUGACCCCAGUGCAGCUGCUAUGCAAAAUGGAUUUUUUCCAGGAGCAUACAGCAUUUCAAACAGGAUGAUAGCUCAGGCUUCCGUGUCUCCUUACAUGUCACCGGUUUCAACAUACCAGGUGCAGAACCCAUCCUGGGUGUCUCAUCAACCCUACAUCAUGCAGCACCCGGGUACAGUGAUAUCACCCUCUAUGGACCCAUCUAUGUCACUACAGCCUACUUCAAUGAUGGCCCCACUUGCACAGCAGAUGAGUCACCUCUCUCUGGGCAGUGCAGGGACGUUUAUGGCCGCCAACACAGCUAUGCAAGGAGCAUAUAUCCCACAGUAUGCACACGUGCAGACAUCAGCUGUUCCUAUAGAGGAAAAUGGUGCACAAUCACAAGUGGACUCAUCUGGCAAUCAUUCCCCAUAUUCGUACCAACAAACCAAGUAGUGCUGAGGUAACAUUUGGGCAACAGCUGAAACAAUCAUGUCUUGAAAUGCAAAUCUCUACACUGUUUUGUACAGGUUCUGCAAAUGUUUAACUGAGACUAUUUUUGGUAUCAUUUUCAGAGAGAUUAUCUGAGUUCACCAAAUGAUUCAAAUUAUAUAUAAAAAAAUGUUUUGAAAAAGUUUUUAUUUUCAUACUAGAAAACGUUUAUUUUUUACCAAGGAUUGCCACAGGAUACAAGGAAGAAUCAUGUGACUACAUGUUCAAAAUGCAUGAUCGUAAAUAUGUCUUUUGUUAAUAUUUCUAAAUUUCUUUUUUGACAUUUUGAAAAUGAUGUUUUUUGUGCUUGCUGUGUGAGUGUUGCUAUGGUGAAGUGUUAAGUGUUGUUUUUGUGUAAAGUGAUUUUCUUAGUACUUUGGAUUGAUCUUGCUAUCUGAUCAAAAUUUGCCUUCGUAGUUUUGAUACAGUAGCUGUACAGACCACCACAGAGAACGGCAAUAAGCAAAACAUGUUGAGAGUUAUUGCCUUAGGAAAUUAGCUAUGUAGGAGAUUUUUAAUUGAAAUCCAUGUGGUAUUGAUUUUCCCCACCCAAAAAGUAUAGAAAAAUAGAAAAAAAUCUUGUUCUGAAUGAAAUGAUUCUGAUGAUUUUCUUGGAUGUAAUAUUUAUUUAGUAAAAAGACCUCACAUGUUUCUGGAUGUUGGGAUGUGUUGGGUUUCUGCUAAAAGGUCAGCUUUUCAAUCUUGCCUUUUUGAUUACUUGGUGUUAGUAGAAUAGCCGAAAUUGAACUUGGUGGGGUGGGGGAAUGGGAAAGGACAAAUGAAUUUUGUUUGUCUGUUGUGUUUUUUAUCUUUUUGGUUGAUGUUAAUUGUUAUUUUGAUGGGGUGUGUCUUUUUCAUUUUUUUCGAAAAACUCACAGCAAAACAUAGACUUAUGAUUGUGUAAAAAGAAAAACUCAUCAAAGCCUUCUAGUAGAACUUAGGCAAAACUUCAGCGAUUUGUGGGGGGGGGACUAUUGUGGGGGGAUAUCGUGAAUAUAUGUACUUUAUUGCACCUCGCUCUUCGAUAGGAAACAAACAAAUGGACACUUUCAAUUGUAGUUUACUUCACCAAAGAUUGUGAGCUAGUAGACUGAGGAAAUAGCAUCAUUUGUCUCUUUAACAAGAACAUAAAUGACUCUGCAAACUAGAUUGCAGUUUGGACAGUGUGCCUUUUUUGUACAUUCUGUUUUUCAUUGGUAUUACUACAGCACGGACACACACAAGCAUGAAGGAAGGCCUGGAUCCAACAAGUGCCACAGAUUAAUUUCAUACUUAGAAAAAAACAGAAAAUGCUACAUUAUACUAAAGAUUAAGUUAAAAAAGAAAAAAAACAUUAAACUAUGAAAGGACAGUGCUAAAAUAGAAAUCUGAUAUUACACAGCACUAAAAAAAUAGGAUUUUUCUAUCAUAGUGAAUUAAAGCAGGCGUUUUGAUUAUGGUUCCCUCCAAAUAAGCUUGUGAUUCGACCUGGUGGUCAGUCAGACCAGUUAUCUACCUCAGAGUUUUCUUUCUCCUCUGUACUAGGUCGGGUUAGCAGGUCCAGCCCGCCCUUCCAGACCAAAUGCCACGCUCAGGAGCUGGCCACAUAUAGCUGUUUCCUUAUAGGUUGUUUUGAAUACUUUUUAAUUCAAACCUAAUUUUUAAUGAUGUAUUAUAGUCAUUAGGAGGUGUGACAACAUGUUACUAUUCAUGUUCACACAUUCAGUUUUAUCGUUUUAAAAGAGCUGCUGCUUUCACAGCAAUAGAUUCCAGAGGCUGAUCUAAGAUGUUAAAGACCAACAAUGACAACAAAGUGUUGUGGUGUUCACUGGAUCUGUGCUCCUUUAAACAAACAUGUUUGUUGCUUUGUCUUGGGUCUGGACAAACUCACUGCAGCAUUCCCUCUGUAGUUAACUAGGUUGUGCAACGAUUAUACUUGAGAUUUCUGUGUAAUGCCUGAGACUGAGAAAUAAAGUCUUGUGAGGUUUAUGCUGCUAGUGGGGUCUGAACCAAGUGCCAUAGUAUCUGGGUCAAGAGUUGCAGAGGUGCAUCCAUGAAAAAUUGCUCAUAUAAGUAACCACCAUGUUGACAGUCAUUAAGUUAUAUGAAAAAGUUCUAAUUUAUGAAAAAUUUUUAUACAGAUAGCUUGAGGAAAUAAGGAUUUUCAUAGAGCUAUAUGAAAGUUUAUUGUUGUUGUUGUUGUUUUUUUUUUUUUUUUACUUGUGCCACACAACUGCCAGUGGUAACUUGCAUGUACAGUUUAAGGAUUUUAUUUCCUGUAAUUUUGUUUUGUAGUGUAUUUUAAAGCCAAAGACAUUGUUUUUCUGUAGACUAUUGCCUAAGGUUUUAUUAUUUUCAUUUCUUGGACAUUUUUGAAUAAAAUUUUCAAAAGUUUCAACUUUA